AUGGCUUCCACCGUUGUUCUUCAUAAUAUCUUCUUCUCUGUUUCAGCUUGCUCUGCUAAAUGUUACAGAAACCGUAACCUACCGCUCAACUCUUCUCUGAUUUUCUCCUCUAAAUCCCUUUUAAGGUUGAAGAAGCAGUCUCUGCUCUCAACUAUCCCAACCCAUAAGCUCAAAAGACGCAAAACUCACGCCGCGCCUGUCGUCUUCGCCGUCCAAUCCAAUUUCUUAAAAGGUAACUUUAAUGUCAAAUGUUGUGAAAUAGUUCUUCAAACGGUAUGGAAUGUUGGGAAGGAUGGUAUUGAAGCAGGAACGAAUUUGGUGCCUGAUCCUAUUCCAAGACCAAUAGCAAGGAUUUCUGUAACUAUAGCUGCAGUGACACUUGCAUUGUUUGUCCUGAAGUCAUUCCUAUCAACAGCUUUCUUUGUGUCGGCUGUGAUGGGACUCAUAUAUUUCACAUUCAUAGCCAUUAAUAAGGAUGAAGGCCCAAGAGGGGGUGGAGGUACCAGUACUACUUCUACAGAAGACUCGCUGGAAGAAGCGAGAAGAAUAAUGGAAAAGUACAAAUAA